AUGGCUAGCUUCCAGGACCGUGCUCAGCACACCAUUGCCCAGCUCGACAAGGAGCUUUCCAAGUACCCUGUCCUCAACAACCUCGAGCGCCAGACUUCUGUCCCCAAGGUCUACGUCGUACUUGGCCUCGGUGGAAUCUACACCUUCCUCGUCUUCUUCAACAUCGCCGGCGAGCUCCUUGUGAACUUGGCUGGUUUUGUCCUCCCCACCUACUACUCCCUCAAUGCCCUCUUCACAGCUGGAAAGGCUGAUGACACUCAGUGGUUGACUUACUGGGUGGUCUACGCUUUCUUCACUGUUGUUGAGAGUGCCAUCAGCGCUCCUUACUGGUUCCCCUUCUACUACAUCUUCAAGUUUGCCCUUGUCCUCUGGAUGGCUCUUCCCCAGACCAACGGUGCUCAAGUCGUCUUCAACUCUCUCCUCCAGCCCCUUGUUGGCCGCUUCUUCACUAGUGGCUCUACCUCGGCCAACCUCCGGGCCCAGGCUGAUGCCGCUACCAAGUCGCAGUAA